AUGCUGGGCUCGGUGAAGAUGGAGGCCCACGACCUGGCCGAGUGGAGCUACUACCCCGAGGCGGGCGAGGUCUACUCCCCGGUGACGCCCAUGCCCACCAUGGCCCCCCUCAACUCCUACAUGACCUUGAGCCCUCUGAGCAACCCCUACCCGCCAGGAGGGCUCCCUGCCUCCCCACUGCCCUCUGGACCCCUGGCGCCUCCAGCCCCUGCAGCCCCCCUGGGCCCAACUUUCGCAGGCCUGGGCGCCAACAGCGGCGGGGGCAGCAACUCGGGGUACGGGGGCCCGGGCCUGGGCCUGGUGCACGGGAAGGAGCUGCAGAAAGGGUACCGCCGGCCGCUGGCCCACGCCAAGCCGCCCUACUCCUACAUCUCGCUCAUCACCAUGGCCAUCCAGCAGGCGCCGGGCAAGAUGCUGACGCUGAGCGAGAUCUACCAGUGGAUCAUGGACCUCUUCCCGUACUACCGGGAGAACCAGCAGCGCUGGCAGAACUCCAUCCGGCACUCGCUCUCCUUCAACGACUGCUUCGUCAAGGUGGCGCGCUCCCCGGACAAGCCGGGCAAGGGCUCCUACUGGGCCCUGCACCCCAGCUCAGGGAACAUGUUCGAGAACGGCUGCUACCUGCGCCGACAGAAGCGGUUCAAACUGGAGGAGAAGGUGAAGAAGGGAGGUAGCAAUGCGGCCCCCUCCAGAAACAGCACCGGGCCCGCCGCCACCACCACGGCGGCCACCGCCGCCAUCACCUCCCCGCCGCCCCAGCCCCAGCCCCUUCCGCCCCCCGAGCCCGAGGCCCAGGGUGGGGAGGACGUGGAGGCCCUGGACGGUGGCAGUGGCGGAGUUACUUCCUCCACGCCCUACUUCACAGGCCUGGAGCUGCCCGGAGACCUGAAGCUAGACGCACCUUACAACUUCAACCACCCUUUCUCCAUCAACAACUUGAUGUCCGAACAGACGCCGGCGCCUCCCAAACUGGACAUGGGGUUUGGGGGCUAUGGGGCUGAAGGUGGGGACCCUGGGGUGUACUACCAGGGCCUCUAUUCCCGCUCGCUGCUGAAUGCAUCCUAGCAGGGGAGGCGGGAGCAUGGUGGGUAGGCCACGGCUCUUUGGGGCCUGAUCUUCCUCGUUGACUUUGCCCGUUCCACCGGCGAACAUCUCGGCUGGUCUACGGCCAGCUGUGAUGGAUGACUGCUGUCUCUGAGGGGUAUCCUGUUGAUCCACUGGGCGAUGACCCUCAUGGCCCCCUGGGUUGGCCCAUGGGGCACUGUGAAGACUGCCAUGCUGAUUGUUUUCAGUGGUUGAUCCAUUGGACGCUUGCUAAUGGCCACCAUCUGGGGUGACAUCUUGCUUGGGCCUUUUGGGGGCCGUGAUGGCCAUCGUUUUGGCUGACCCUUGGGGGCAGGAUUUUGAUACCGCUUCGAUCACACCUUCAUUUGGCCCACUAGGUGCUGUGGUCCCUUGUUUCUGGGUGUCCAGUUGGCCACCAUCUUGCGUCACCACCCUUCUGGCUCAUUGGGCGUGACGAUGGCCGCCGUAUUGAUAAGCACUGGUUAUCAGUGGGCAUGUCACACACCACAGAAGUCACCACAGCCAUAGCCCUUGUGCUGGCUAUGGUGUGGGUCCGGUGGGGGAAGGGAAUCCUCCUUGGAGACCAUCCCCCGCCCCCACCCCUUUCAUCCAGGAGAAAACAGAAAGGGCCGGUGAGGGAGUGGGGAAUUUCUACUAAGUAAUCUGGUUCUUGCCUGGGAAGCGGGAUCCUGGCUGUCUGACCCAUUAAAGGUACGUUUCCUCCCCUUUCA